AUGAUUGCACUCGGUGCUACCCUGAACGCGUCUAUCGGACUUCCAAACUAUGGACUACUUAUCGUAGGCAAGCACAGCCUUCUCAAAGCUUUACCUUUUAAUAAAAUUCUUGCAUCGAAGUUCAAUGGAGAAGUUGAUGAAAAGAGAUGGGAGGCAGCAAUGUCAGCACUUCCCGUUUCUGGAAGUCUCCCGCUUCUUUUUAACCAAUCUCGAAUCAUCUCCCUGCCGGACUCUUCGUCGAGGCACAAUGCUCCGUCAAAUUGUCACGUGUUGACCAAGGAACUCAGGACAGUUCCUAUCACUGUAGAGAACCGUGUAAUUCAUAUUUGCAUAUUUCUCAAAUUCUUUCCCUCAAGUAUGUCGCAGUGUAGUAUGUCACUUCAGAAGCUCAACAUCAUUCUGGUAUGUGAAGCUGGAAAUGUCUUUGCUAAUGUUGCUGCAAUUGCUCGUGCAUUCCCAACCUUUACCCGCAAGACCGAUCCUCCUCCAAAAGUAGAUCUCACUAUCGAGCUAUGCUUGCCAGAUGGAGAAAAGCUGGACGAAGAAGAUCUCAAACUGAUUGAAAACGUCGGAUUUUCAAUACGUGAGGUCUGUCGCAUGAUCGACGCUCCGUCCAAUGAACUCACCACUGAUGCAUUACUGAUGGAAGUCCUUUCUGUUGCUGAAGAGCUUGAUGUGAAAUCUAUUGUGAUAACUGGGGAAGAGCUGAAGAAACAAGGAUUUGGAGGCAUUUGGAGUGUUGGUAGAGCUGGUCCGAAUCCACCAUCAUUCGUAGUUUUAAAGCAUGAGCCGGAAAAUGCCACUAAGAGUUACUGCCUUUGUGGGAAAGGUGUUGUGUUUGAUAGUGGCGGCAUGCAAAUCAAGGGAAAGACGGGAAUGCCUGGUAUGAAGAGAGAUAUGGGCGGUGCAGCUGGAAUGUUGGGAACAUUCUACUGCCUUGUGAGGUCGGGGUUCAAAGAGAAGCUCUACCUAUGCGUAGCCAUUGUGGAAAACAGCGUAGCCAAUUUCGCCAACAAGCCUGACGAUGUUAUCACAAUGCUCAGCGGGAAGACUGUCGAGAUCAAUAACACCGAUGCUGAAGGUCGUCUUAUUCUUGCCGAUGCUGUGUAUUACUCAAAGCAUAUCCUCAAGGCUGAUGUUAUUAUUGAUAUGGCCACCCUUACUGGUGCCCAGGCAUAUGCAUGCAUGGCUGGUCGACUUUCUGGCGAUCUGGUAGCACCAAUGGUCUUUUGUCCAGAUCUUCACUUUCCAGACUUGAAAAGUCCUAUCGCUGACAUGCGCAAUAGCAAUCUUGGCAAAAUGGAGGGCCCUCCUUCGGCUGUCGCAGGUCUGUUCAUUGGCGCUCACAUUGAUUUCGGUGAAGGUAUCAAAUGGAUGCAUCUUGACAUUGCUUCUCCUGCAGAGUGUGGUGACCGCAGCACUGGAUAUGCUGGAAAAAUCUAA